UAGUCUAUACAUACUGUAUUAUAUACUGUAUGAUACUGAGAGAACUCUUGUUUGCUGACGAUUGCGCAUUAGUUGGUCACACAUAUGAAGACAUUCAACACAUUGUCAACUGUUUAGACAGAUCAACUAAACGUUUUGGCUUGAGUAUCAGCUUGAAAAAGACAGAAGUGCUUUUUCAACCACGUCCAGGCUCAAACUAUAACCCUCCUCCAGUUAUGAUUGGUGAUCACCCAUUGUCUUAUGUCAGCAAUUUCAAGAUAUCAAAGGCCAGUGCUGCUUUUGGUAAAUUGUACAACAGACUCUGGCAAAGGCAUGAAAUCAAACUGACCACGAAGGUUGCAGUUUACAAAGCAGUAGUCUUAUCAGUUCUGUUGUACGGAUGCGAGUCAUGGACCCUUCUUCGUCGUAACCUCAAAAGUUUGGAGAGUUUUCAUCUGCGAUGUCUUCGCCGCAUAUGUGGAAUCCAGUGGACUGACUAUAUACCCAACACAGAAGUGUUAUCUCGUUGCAACAUCAGUGGCAUUGAAUCUUUUGUUAUGAAAUGCCAAUUUCGCUGGGCUGGUCACAUGUCUCGAAUGCCUAAUGAUAGAAUUCCCAAACAACUCCUUUUUGGUCAACUGGAACAGGGCCAUCGUCAUCAAGGUGGUCCUAAAUUACGUUAUAAAGAUUCUAUCAAGGCUAAUAUGAAAUCUUGUGGGAUUGACUUCCUGCAUUUUGAGAAACUAUCCAGUGAUAGAACAAACUGGAGAUCUCUCUGCCAUUCAUCACUCCAACAGUUUGAAGAAAAUCGUAUUAGACAUCUUCAAGCUCAACGUCAGAAACGGAAAGAACAAAUUGUUCCUACCAACAAGUCAUUUGUUUGUCAAUCUUGUGGAAAGGAAUGCCGUUCAAAAGCAGGUGUUAAAUCCCACCAGAGACACAGAGGACACUAAAGAGAGUCAUCACUGUUAUCAGUGGACAUGCCAUCAUGAUAAUUUAAACUAGUCUUUUGGAAUGUAUGUAGCCAAAUUUUUAUAUGCCCUUAGGCUGUAACUUCUCGUUAGACAAAUGGGUGGUAUCAGCUAGUACACGGUAACCUUUCUUAGCUAUUGCGUUUUCUGCAACAUCACCUGGGAUUGUUGCCAUUAUGACAACCAAACAAAACUAGUUGUUCUUGUGUGUGUGUGUGUGUGUGUGUGUGUGUGUGUGUGUGUGUGUGUGUGUGUGUGUGUGUGUGUGU